AACCUUCUCAAAAGGACCACAUUUCUUCUCUCUAUCUCUCUCUUUCUUUUGCACAAGAAAGAGAGAGAGAUAACAAAAACCACAAACAGAAAAACAACAAAACAAAAAAACCAAAAAGAAAAAGAAGAAGAAGACGAACAUUGUCUGUCUUUUUGGAAAGGCAAAAUGUUUGAUGGGCUGUUCAAACCCAAGUUCUAUACGAAAUGCAAGUCGUUGGUCAAGAUAACGAAAACAAGAGUAGACACGGUGAAGAGGAAGAAAAACUCGGUUUGCAAAUAUCUCAAGAACGACAUUGUCGAUCUUCUCAAGAACAACCUCGAUUACAAUGCAUAUGGCAGGGCAGAAGGGCUUAUAGAGGAGAAAAGGAGGCUGGCUUGUUAUGAGUUUUUGGAGCAAUUCUGCAUCUGUGUUGCAUCCAAUGUCUCUCUCUUACAGAAAUCCAGCGGGUGUCCUGAUGAGUGUCGGGAGGCCAUCUCAUCCCUUGUAUAUGCAGCCGCUAGAGUCUCUGAAGUGCCUGAGCUACGCGACCUCAGAUCUUUAUUUGCUGAGAGAUACGGGAACAAACUUGAACAGUUUGUGAAUCCUGAGUUUGUGGAGAGAUUCAAAGCAGAGCCGCCGUCAAAGGAAAUGAAGGUGGAGCUGCUGCAGGAAAUCGCAAGAGAGUACUCCAUAAAAUGGGAUGCCAAGUCUUUAGAGCAGAGAUUGUACACACCGCCUCAUCAUCCUUCUGAACCAAAAACAGAGAAGUCCAAGGACCCCGAAACGAGCAUGGAGAAGAGAAGCAGCCUUUGGUUCCAUGGCAGAGAAGACUCUAUGGAUGACACCAACACGUCCAUAAUGAGUACAAGCGAAGAAGACUCCAUGAGUACAAGCGGGAGUUGUGUGACUGGCCCGGAGGAGGAUCCUGAAACGAAACCCUUGUACUACAGAUUCAUGACUCCUGCUGCGCCUUACACCAAACCCAAAAUCGAAAAACAGGAAAGCCUUCCGGAGAAGAUGACCAAAUCUGAUCUCAUGGACACCGAAUCGCCGAGGGCCGGAAAACCAAAGCCGAGAUCAGUGAGACGAAGAUUCGCAAACCCGCCCCCUGAAGCGGAAGGGGAAGCAUUGAAACAGGAGAGUAAGAACAUAAUGAGAUCAUCAGAUUCGAUGGGGAAAGCAAGCGGAGGAGAGGGGUUUAGGAGAAUGAGUCGUCGAACAGUUUCGUGGCAGCAUAAGCCCUCCUCCUGCGUCCCCGAUUUUGAUGAGGUGUGGAAAGCUCAACUCGUCUUAUCAGAGUUUGUCUUGCAUAAGAUUUGCACCUCAUCUGAAUUCCAUGGCAUUGUGUCUCUCGAACUCGGUGCUGGAACAGGCCUACUCGGUAUUUUGCUUGCACGGGUCGCCAAGGCUGUUUUCCUUACUGAUCAUGGAGACGCAAUUCUUGCCAACUGUGCUAAGAACCUCGAUAUGAAUUCAUCCUUGUUUCACCCCCACACUGUGGUAAAUGUUCGUGAGCUCAACUGGAUGAGCGAUUGGCCUAUUGAAGACAACCGUGGUGACUGCAGAGAUCCCGAAAACUUCUGUUGGAGCAAGCAGGACUUUGAACAAGUCAAAUGUGCAAGCUUCAUAUUCGCAGCAGAUGUGAUCUACAGCGAUGAUCUAACCAUUGCCUUAUUUAGCAUGUUAAGGAGAGUAAUGUCAUUCGGUUGUGACAAGGUGCUAUACUUAGGAUUGGAGAAACGAUACAACUUUAGCCUUGAUGAUCUCAAGGUUGUUGCCAAUGGCUACACCUGCUUUAGAAGCUACGUCAAAGAAGAUGGAACAGGUGAGCAAGAGAAGAGGAGUUUUGUGGGCAAGCGCGUCGACGUUACACAGAUCCCCCAGUACUUGAAGGGUUACGAUAGAGGAGAAGAUGUUGAGCUUUGGGAGAUCAGAUAUGUACUUUGAUGUCUGAUUCGAAUUCCAUUUGCUGUUAAAAACAAGUUCAAUGUAGAGCUAAUCCACAUUACACUCAACACAAUGUUUAUAGAGAAUAAAAUGAAACCACAAGG